GCUGAAGUGUGUGUGUGUUCAUACAGGAACAGGGAGAGAGCAGAGCACAGCCCGGUCCUGUAGGUGUAGCCCGUUUACUUAUUCACCUCGGGCAACUUCUCUCCGCGAGCUGCUCCACAUGACGUGACGUACCGGAAUCCGGGGCUAAAGAUAAACAGCACGAGAGCGAGACAGGAAUUCGUGCAGACGCGCGCGGGCUGGGCAGCAGCGGAUCCAUGUGGAGCGACUCGGUUCAGUUUCCUCGGAGGAAGUUCAUUCGGACGCUCGCGCUAUAAUUCGGCCCCUCGACAUGUUCACGCGCGGCUCCAGAAAGCGCCGCUCCAACCGGUCGGAGGAAGAUCCUGACCGAGGGCAGCCCUGCAUGCGAUGUGGAGAGCAGUGUCCUGGUUUACGCAUGCACGGCUGGAGGAAGAUCUGUGUGCACUGCAAGUGUGUGCGUGAAGAGCAUGCGGUGCGCUCUGUGCCCGGGCAGCUGGAGAAGAUGAUGACGAAGCUGGUGUCUGACUUCCAGAGGCACUCCAUCUCGGACGAUGACUCGGGAUGCGCCUCGGAGGAGUAUGCCUGGGUGCCGCCUGGUCUCAAGCCCGAACAGGUAUAUCAGUACUUCAGCUGUAUUCCUGAGGACAAGGUACCUUAUGUGAACAGCCCCGGAGAAAGAUACCGCAUUAAACAGCUCCUUCAUCAGCUCCCAGCCCAUGACAGUGAGCCGCAGUAUUGUAACUCUCUGGAUGAGGAGGAGAAAAAGGAGCUGCGCUUGUUCAGUCAGCAGCGGAAGAGAGAGAACCUCGGCCGCGGCAUUGUGCGCCUCUUUCCCGUCACCAUGACCGGCGCCAUCUGCCAACAGUGUGGGAGGCAGAUUUAUGGAGGUGAUAUAGCCGUGUUUGCGUCCCGUGCGGGUCAUGGCACCUGCUGGCACCCUCAGUGCUUCCAAUGUGCCACCUGCAGCGAGCUGCUAGUCGACCUCAUCUACUUCUACCAGGACGGCCAUAUCUACUGCGGACGUCACCACGCCGAGCGCAUCAAACCGCGCUGUCAGGCCUGUGAUGAGAUCAUUCUAGCGGAUGAGUGCACCGAGGCGGAGGGACGCCACUGGCACAUGAGGCACUUCUGCUGCUUUGAAUGCGAGACGGCACUCGGCGGUCAGCGCUACAUCAUGAGAGAGAGCCGGCCGUACUGCUGUACCUGUUACGAGUCUCUGUACGCCGAGUACUGCGAUACCUGCGGAGAGCACAUCGGUAUAGAUCAGGGGCAGAUGACGUACGAGGGGCAGCACUGGCACGCAUCCGAGGCGUGUUUUUGCUGUGCCCGCUGUCAUCUACCCCUGCUUGGCAGACCCUUCCUCCCUCGUGGGGGGCUCAUCUUCUGUUCCCGACCCUGCUCACUGGGGGAAGACCCCAAUAACUCUGACUCCUGUGACUCCGCCCUGCAGUACAAACCAUCCUCGCACAAACUCGCACAUCAACAGCAGCAAGGACGCAAUUCACCUCUGCGUCCACCGGAGGGCAGCAAUCUCACCACUGCAACUGCUAAACUUUCUACUGCAACCAAAACAGCCCCUUUAUCAGAAAGCAGAGGCGUGCACACUACACUUUUCCAUUUACAAAAUGGUGGCCCUUCACCUCCACCUUAUGGACAAACUGAACCUCAAAGCUCACAUUCUCCUGUCGUAGCCAAUGGUUGGGAUCCGCUCCCAAACGGAGACCAAACAAACACGGAUGAACACUCAGGGCUGCAGUACACGGUGGAGCUGAAUGGAUACGCUGAAUUUGGGCCUUUUCCACCCAGCUGUACCUCCAGAGGAACCUCGACAGCGAAGGACAAUGGGAGCCUGGAGAGCAGCUCAGGAGUACUCCCUCAGCCCCACCCUUCACCUGAGCUUGACUCGCUAGAAGACGCAGACUUUUUCCCACCACCUCCACCCCCUGUCUUUAUCGGCCCUGAUGAUUUACCAAUCCUGCCCCCGCCUGAUGAGCGCCAUCCCUCGCCCCCUCCACCCCAAUUUGGGCGAAGCGGCACAGCCAGAGUCAGCUUCAGGGAGCCAAUCAGCUCCAGUUACUCAGUGGAGGAGGAGGAGGAGGAGGAGCAGGAGGAGGGAGAGGAAGUAAGGGUUGAAAUAGAGAGGGAAGAUGAGUUAGAACAGGAAGAGCAAGAAGAAGAUGAAGCUGAUGGAGGCCCGGGACACAGACUACACCAUCAAGCUGGAAUGCCGCCUCAGAUGGACCUUUUGGACGGUUCGUACCGUCGCAGUUUCCGGCAGGGGCGCACAAGUCCACCUGGACGAAGCCGCGUGGUCUCGGACUCCCCCCUCCACCUGGGCACGGAGAAACACUUCCGUCGCUCCCGACGCGACAGACCUCGCCUAGAUUCUCUGGAGUGGAGAGGAGGAGGAGAGAGAGAGCACGCCACACACACACCCUCCAUCACCUCCCCUGAAGCUGGAAAUUCCCGUUUAACGCUUCACUCCACCCACUACAGACACGAGGACUCCUGCUCAACCUGCUCGUCCUCCUCCGACUCUGAAGAAGAGGGCUUUUUCCUUGGCCAGCGGAUUCCUCUACCUCCUCAGCUGACCGGGGAGAGACAGAGGGAGGGAGAGACACAAGAGACAGAGGGAAAAAGCAAGAGAAGGAGUCUGAGGAGGAGGAGGACACAAAGUUUCAGUGCGAAGGACAAAGACAAGGACAAAAACUGCAUACUGUCUUGAGAGAGAAAUUGAGAUUGUGCCGAUUCUUGCUUUCCAUGUAGUCAGGAUGUGAACCGAAACGUUUCAGGCAUUUGAUUGGACGGAUGCAGCAUCGAGUCUGAUCUGUGGUCAAAGUUUAAAGUAAAUGUUGUUGUGUUCCUGAUUUUCCUGCUUGAACACACCUGGUUAAUAACCUAGUGAAAAUAGGUGUACCCCAAAACAGCUAGUAAACGCCUGAUUCACCAUUUAUUUAAAUCAAGUGCAUUUAUUAUUGAUGGAAACUAACAUGCAUAAUAAAAUGUAACCUUAAGGAGUAGGUUAGCAAAACAAAUUGCAUUUAUAUCACUUCCCCUGUCAUCAAGGUGCUAUGGAAAUCAUAACCGUUAACAGAAAUGCAAUGAGGUCCAAAUGUCUGAGACCACAAGAGAAAAGGCUUGUUUUGCAUUUUUUUGUAAUUUAAUGCAAAAUUUUUUUGUUACAAAUUAUGUUAUCAGCAUAGCAACGUGAAUAAAAAGUCAAAUCUUGGAAA